UAACUACUUACCGUAAUAUGUGGUAGUUGUACUUAGUUUAGUUUUAUAUUUUUAUAUUGCCAUUCACAUUCAUUCACUUCAAUACAUAUUGCGCUGCUCUACUUACUAACUUUGUGUUGUGUGUUAAAGAAACCUAAACACCCUUUUAAAUAUAAUGGUUUAAUCCGUAAGGGUCCAGUUAGAACAUAACUCGGAUUAGUUCAUGUAUCUCUUAGGUGUCAUACUUGUUCUGUCAUCUGAUUGGUCUUAGUAUUUUGUUCUAGCCAAUAGGAAUUCCUGAGUUCUUUUUAUGAAAUAGUUCAGGAAAAUCUAGUUUUGAAAGAGAUUCCAAAGGGUGUUGCCACUAUUGAGUUCUUAAUAAGCAUAAAAUAUAUAUUUAAUUUAUAGAGGAUUUGCUAACACCAACAACUGUAAGUAGCUGAUAGUUUUACUAUAUGAUUAAAAGCAAGUAAUGAAUUUAAAUAAGUAAUUAAACUUUUCUUUAUUCAUAAAACUUGUGUGCAAGUCAUGAGUGAAAGAUUUACUGAAAGUAGAAUUGUGGAAAAACAUAAUUUCUGUUCUUUAAGUAAAUAAUGAGUUUUAAGUAAUAUAAAUGCGCAGAGUGAUAUAUGUGUACAGAAUUUAGUAUUUUAGUAAAUUAUUCAAUAGGUCAUCAUAAGAGUUUUAAGCAGUUCACCUUGAUUUCGGAAGCUGUAGCUCAGUUCCAUAAACUGUAUCUUGGCUCCAUUAUCUAUCUAAGGAAUAUGCUAUGCAAGAUGUUUGGGAGAACAGAUGGCCAACUACAGUGGAAGACAUCCCAUUUGGCAGAUUAUCAGUGAAGAUGAUUGACAACUUUGAGAAAUUUGGUCGAAGUAGUGUGCUAGACAUGGAGAUGUUGGUGAACAGCAUGAAGAAUAUUUCAACGGAGAACAUAGAACUGAUAGAGGACAUUGUGUACAGAUUUCGACAUUCAGAUGAUGCUUUUCCUGUGAGAGACUCCAUUGUGAAUGCUAUAGUGAGGUCGUACAUAGAUAUGGAUAUUGCACAUCGCCUUGUUCCUUUCAUAAAAGACAAGCUUGGAUAUGGUUUAUUGUUAGAUUUCUACACAGCCAACCUAUUAAUGAAUCAUUUCCUGGAAAAGAAUAUGACUGAAGAGGCUGCCCAGGUAGCUUACGAAAUGAUGUUCCAAGAGGACUUCAGUCACAAUCUUACUAACUGCAUGUCCAUGUACUGCUGUGUAAAACGUUUACAAGACAUUGGUGAUGUCCAGCCGGAGGAGGAUCCAAGUGCCCCAGAGGAGGAGGAUGAAUGGGUGAGAGUCAACAUUGUACACCGCCCUGUGUAUGAUGACCAUUUCGACAUCAAUAAAGAACACUUCAGACUUGGAAAGUCACUAUAUUUUCUUGGACAAGCAAAUGUGAUACCUGAUGAAAACUCGUCCAGGAAAGACUUGUUAAACCACUCCCUACAGUUUGUAGGGCUUGGACUGUAUAACAAGUUCAGUAAAGCUCUGGAUCUGCUGGAGAAAUGGAUAGCAGCCGCCAAAACAGAUAAAACUCCAGUGUUAUUUCAUAAGCAGAUGGAGACAUUUAGAAACCAUUUAGACUGGAGUCCUGUUAGAAAUCCAGAGGAGGAAGAGCUGGACUUGGGACAACAAACUGUUCAAUAUCAGGCCAAGAAACUGUACCUGACUGAGGAGGAAAAGGCAGCUUGUGUAGAAAGGUUUGAGAAACUUGUAGAGGAAGCAAAAUCUUUUAAUGGAAUUGCAGAUGAAGAUAUUUAUGAACACAUUUUAAAUAACAUCAAAGGACAAAUCCAAAAUUUACAAAAAGAUGAUAUUGGUAUCCAAAGAAAGAAAUAUCAGACCUGGAAAACAAAUAUGGUAGACAUGUACCAAAAAGAAAUGAGGGAAGAAGAAAGGAGAAGGAAGCAAAAGGAAAUUGAAUUAAAAAUGGCAGAAAUGGCAGAGAAGGAAGAGUUGAUUCUGGCUCAUGAGAGAAAGAGGGAAAUCCUGCUGGCACGACACAAAGCCCCAAGGGAGAAAGUAAAACAAAAGAAGGAAGAACUGGAUGAAGAUGAGCUAGAAGAAAGGAUGAAGAGCAGGAAGGCACUUAUCAAGAAAAAGAAAUAAUGUUAGACUGAUUUAAUGUUAGUUGUCAGAAUACAGAAGGAACAUCUUCAGAAUCCCAAACAACUGGAAAUGUCGCCCACUGACGGAAACGUUUUCAAAAAAAAAAAUUGCCCAUCUAUCACUGUGACUGAUGUUGAAAGGGAAUAAGGUGAAGCAAAAGUAGGGAACAGUAUGUGUUUUCAGUAUGCAUUUACAAUUUACAAGUAUGUAAACUUUAAGUGUAUGAAUGAUCAAAUGAAUGUUAGAAAUAUAUUUUUGUGUGAAUUUUUUAAGUGAAGAUAAAAGUUUCCAUAUUGU